AUGAUCAUGCUAACACCAUUUCUAGCUAUGGCUAUCACACUCAUUCUCACCAUAUUUCUAUAUGGUUUAUACCAAACACUAAAUCUCAAAACACCUGCAUUCAUAAAUUGGCCUUUUGUUGGUAUGCUACCAAGAUUCCUAUGGAAUGUUUCACAAAUUCAUGAAUUUUCAGCUCAUUGGUUGGAACAAAAAGGUGGAACAGUUGAGUUCAUAGGACCAUGGUUUACCAACAUGGAUAUUGUAGUGACAGCUGAUCCAAUGAAUGUCCACUACAUUAUGAGUAAGAGUUUCGACAACUUUGUGAAAGGCGAUUUGUUUCGCGAAAUGUUUCAAGCUUUUGGUGAAGGUAUUUUUACUACCGAUUCGAUUCAAUGGAAAUACCAUAGGAAUCUUCUCCAAUAUCUUUUUAAUAGAAGCUUUGAAUCUUUUCAAGAAAAAAUCAUUCACAACAAAGUUGAGAAAUCUUUGAUUCCACUAUUGAAUCAUGUUGUUCAACAAAAAGACUCCGUGGUCGAUUUACAAGAUGUUUUCAACCGCUUCACGUUUGAUAACAUUUGUUUGAUAAUUCUUGGACAGGAUCCUAAUUGUCUUUCCAUAGAUUUCCCUGAGGUUGCGGUCGAGAAGGCUUUUAACCAAGCGGAAGAAUCCAUCUUCUAUAGACACAUUGUGCCGGAAUGUGUUUGGAGGUUACAAAAGUGGCUUCAAAUUGGCCAAGAGAAAAAAAUGACCGAGGCAUGCAAAAUAUUUGAUAACUUCCUAUAUGAUUGUAUAGCCUCAAAGCGCCAAGAGCUUAAGAAAAAAUGUAACAAAAAUGUUGACACUGAGAAAAAUCAACACGUUGAUUUGCUAACCGCGUUGAUUCGAGAAGAAGAAGGAGAAAGAAAGGAUAGUAAAAGUGGUGACAAGUUUCUAAGAGAUUCGGCAUUCAAUCUGUUUGUAGCGGGGAGAGAUACUCUAACUUCGGCGCUUACAUGGUUAUUUUAUCUUAUUGCUACACAUCCUUUAGUGGAAACCAAUAUUCUGAAAGAGAUAAAAGAAAACUUUGGACACAAAGAGAAGCCUUGGAUUUUAAGUGUUGAUGAGACGAAAAAGCUUGUUUAUCUCCAUGGUGCUAUAUGUGAGGCGUUAAGGCUAUUUCCACCUAUACCAUUUGAGAGAAAGGAAGCUGUUAAAGAAGAUAUACUUCCAAGUGGUCAUCAUGUUUAUCCUAAUAAGAUGAUUUUGUUUUCUUUGUAUGCAAUGGGAAGGUUUGAAGAUACUUGGGGAAAAGACUGCAUGGAAUUUAAGCCAGAGAGGUGGAUUUCUGAAAGAGGAGCCAAUGUUUAUGUUCCAUCUUACAAAUUCUUUAGCUUUAAUGCUGGACCUAGGACUUGUUUGGGAAGAGACUUAGCUUUCCUUCAAGUUAAGAUGGUCACUGCUUCUGUUUUGUGGAAUUAUUGUGUUCAUGUUAAGGAAGGAACUCGUCUUACUCCAACUCUUUCAAUUGUACUUCUCACAAAAGAAGGUCUCAAUGUUAAGAUAACCAAAAGGGUGUAG